CGGGAGGGCCCUCCGCGCCAAGCAGGGCGUGGGUCCGGCGCUGCCGGCGAGCAGGUGACACCGCGGCUGCCCGGCGCCGUGUGCGCGGCAUGUGCGCGCCCGUGUAGCGGGGCGGCCCCAUGGGCGGCGGCGCCGGCUCCUGCCUCUGCCCCCCGUCUCUGGAAGCCUGGGCAGGAAACGCUCCUCAUGUCUUCCAGAUAAAAAUAAAAGCGACUCCUUCCUCCCGGCCGCAGAGUGUCCCCGCGCCCGGCCCGACGCGGGGCUGAGCUGGCCCCGCCGCCCGGCAGCGCCUCUCCCCGCCGCCCGGAGCGCCGGGCCGCUCCGCCGCUCAUGGACAUCGCGACGGCUCCCGAAUCCUUGGAGAGGUGCUUCCCGCGGGGCCCACCGGACUGCGCCAAGAUGCUGGACGGCAUUAAAAUGGAAGACCACCCCUUGCGCUCGGGGCCGGCCACGCUGGGAGUGCUGCUGGGGUCGGAGUGCCAGCACCAGGCCGUCUGCGAGGGCUGCCAGCGGCCCAUCUCGGACCGGUUCCUGAUGCGGGUGAACGAGUCCUCCUGGCAUGAGGAGUGCCUACAGUGCGCCGCGUGCCAGCAGGCUCUCACCACCAGCUGCUACUUCCGGGACCGCAAGCUCUACUGCAAGCAGGACUACCAACAGCUGUUCGCUGCCAAGUGCAGCGGCUGCAUGGAGAAGAUCGCUCCGACGGAGUUCGUGAUGCGCGCCCUGGAGUGCGUGUACCACCUGAGCUGCUUCUGCUGCUGCGUGUGCGAGCGCCAGCUGAGGAAAGGGGAUGAGUUUGUCCUCAAGGAAGGGCAGCUGCUCUGCAAAAGUGACUAUGAGAAAGAGAAAGACUUGUUGAGCUCGGUCAGCCCAGACGACUCAGACUCAGUCAAAAGUGACGAUGAAGAUGGAGAUGUUAAGCCCACCAAAGGCCAAGUAACCCAAGGAAAAGGAAGUGAUGAUGGGAAGGACCCAAGAAGACCUAAACGACCAAGGACAAUACUUACUACGCAGCAGAGACGAGCAUUCAAAGCAUCCUUUGAAGUGUCUUCUAAGCCCUGCAGAAAGGUCAGAGAAACAUUGGCAGCUGAAACAGGGCUCAGCGUGCGAGUCGUCCAGGUCUGGUUUCAAAACCAAAGAGCAAAGAUGAAAAAGCUAGCACGAAGGCACCAACAGCAGCAGGAGCAACAGAACUCGCAGCGACUAGGACAAGAAGUAAUGUCCAACCGAAUGGAAGGGAUGAUGACAUCUUACACACCACUUGCACCACCACAGCAGCAGAUUGUAGCAAUGGAGCAAAGCAGCUAUGGCACAGACCCAUUUCAGCAGGGUCUUACCCCUCCACAAAUGCCAGGCGACCACAUGAACCCCUAUGGAAACGACUCCAUUUUUCAUGAUAUCGACAGUGAUACCUCUUUAACUAGCUUGAGCGACUGUUUUCUUGCCUCUUCCGAAGUUAACUCCAUGCAGGCUAGAGUAGGAAAUCCCAUUGACAGGCUGUACUCUAUGCAGAGCUCCUAUUUCGCCUCAUGAAAAUAAAGAGAACUAACAGCCGGCAUCUGUUUAGCCAGUGACUUUUCCAGUGCAGACUCUACAGCCAUAUGUUGCCCAGCUCUUCCUUCACAGUGACUCUGCUGCCUCUGGACUGCAAAGAGCGUUUUUUUAGGAAGACUAUCCCUGUUUGCAUAUAUGUGUAUGUAUGUAUAUAUAUUUUAAUACCUACAUACAUACAUACAUAUAUAGAAAUAUAAAACACAUCCACCAGUCCCAUACCCUUGAUUCCCAGCUGGCGCCAGACCACGAGACAAGCAUGGAAGAACAGAAGAACCUGCUCGUCCUCAGCCUUUGAUCUGGUUUGGUUUGAGCUCAUCAUCUUAAAGGAAAUGGAUUUUGUGGAAAGCUAGACCUUUUCCUCCUCUCUCUCCUCCUUUCUUUUGGAUGUCUAAACUUUUUUUUUAAGCCACUGAUACUGACAUCAGUCAACCAUAUGACAAAUAAAUCAAAGAAACUGGA